AUGAAGGUCGCAUGUCUACAAUUUGCGCCUGAAGUGGGUAAAGUCCAAGAGAACAUCCGCAGAGCAGAUAACAUAUUGCAAAACACACGGAUACCGACAGAUCUGGACUGGCUUGUUCUACCAGAACUGGCAUUCUCUGGUUAUAACUUCCAUUCGCUAGAAGAGAUUCGACCCUUCCUGGAACCCACAACAUCGGGAGUCAGUACACAAUGGGCCAUUCAAGUAGCGCGGCACUACAACUGCCACGUAACAAUCGGCUAUCCAGAAAUCACCAUCCCGUCUGUCAACCCUUCAGAUAGACAGACCCAGUACAAUUCCACCGUAACCAUCAAUCCACAAGGCACGGUUCUUCACAACUACCGCAAAUCCUUCCUCUACUACACAGACGAGACAUGGGCAUCCGAAGGCCCUGGUUCCCAAUCACACCACCUCUCAGACCCCUCAUCAUCUGAUGCGCCCUUCUUCGCCGGGGAUCUGGGCAAUCUGGGAAAAGUUACGCUAGGAAUAUGCAUGGACAUCAACCCUUACCGUUUCACCUCCCCCUGGGCGGCCUACGAGUUCGCCUCCCUCGCCCUUAGCACCUCUUCCCCCAUUAUCUGCAUUUCGAUGGCCUGGCUGUGCCACCUCACACCCACCGAACUGAUGCAGGACCCCACACAACCCGAUAUCGCUACCGUGGCAUACUGGGUAGAGCGCUUCCAGCCGCUUGUGGAGGCGAAGGAAGACAAGCCGGUGUAUGUCAUAUUGGCGAACAGGUGUGGGAUGGAAAAGGGGGUUUGCUAUGCAGGGAGUAGUACGGUAAUUCGGAUUGAGAAGGGUGUUGUGAGUCUUUAUGAAACUGCGGGGAAGAGUGAGGAGAAAUGUCUGGUGGUGGAUAUGAGCGAGAGACCAAAGUUUCAGGUGCGAAGUGGCCGAUAGGGGAAGAAGGAGAAACGUAUCGAACUGGCGGAGUUGGGUUGCAACAUUCGCAUGCAGAUGCUGAUGUGGCCGCGUAGAGGUGCUUCGCCCGUGAGGUUUCGGUCGCGAGCGAUGCAGUCGCUUUCUGGUGAAUCGUGCUGUUUGGGCGUGGAGUCAACGAAGACUAGCUAGCAGAGGCG